GUUUUCAACAUCAAUUUGUUUUUGAACAUUCGGCAACAGCGCCCAAACAACAUGAAGAGUGACAUUUUGAAAACCUAACCUAGAAUUUUAUUAUUUACAUUUUAUUUUACAAGAAAAUACUACAGUAAACACAAAAAUGCUAAUAACAUUCCAUUAUUUCGCAUUACUAGUGUACGAGCUACUAAAAAACCGUAAAAGACUCAAAAAAAUUAUCGAAAAUCCAGUGGCAGACCACGAAACCCAGCUAAAAUUCCACCCUCCAGUAUUCAAGCAAAGACUAUCGAAAGUUUACCAAACUUUGAUAGAGGAGAAAUGGAGAAACGAUUUGAAAAAACUGGUGGAUUUCGGUUGCGCCGAGUUCGACUUGUUUAUGUACUUGAAGAACCUCAAUAUAGAAGAAAUCAUGUUUGUUGACAUUGAUGAAACUUCCUUAAAGGAGAAUUUGGGAAAACUGGAACCCUUUUUGGUAGACAGACUGAGAAGACGCAGCCACCCUUUGGAAAUUUUAGUUUUUAGAGGCAGCGCAGUUGAUCCCGAUUAUAGACUAUGCAAGACUGAUGUAGUUACAGCUAUAGAAUUAAUAGAACAUUUGUAUCCUGACACUCUAGAGGCUUUACCCUACAAUAUUUUUUCAUUUGUAAAACCAAAACUAGUAAUAAUAACCACACCAAAUGCGGAUUUCAAUGUGGUCUUUGGAAGACCAGGUUUGAGACAUCCCGAUCACAAAUUCGAAUGGACAAGGCAACAAUUUGAAGAUUGGGCCACAAAUAUUACUCAGCAAUUCACUGAUUAUAGCGUUGAAUUUACUGGAAUAGGUAAACUGUUAAAUCAGCCUGAAAACAUUGGGCAUUGUUCGCAAGGUGCGAUUUUUAUCAGAAAAGAUUUGUUAAAUGAAAAAUACAUAUCACCUAUUUAUGCUAGAAAGUGCCAAUGUGAUAACAGUAGUCCCUGUAAGGGUCAAACCACUGAAUGCAAACUACUCUGUAAUUGUGUUUGUGCACUUUGUCUUCCAGAUUUUAGUGUAGGCAUUUGUAAAUAUUUCAGCUGCAAUGUUGAAGAAUUUGAAGCUUAUAGGCCAAUGAAAACUUGGCCAAAACUCGAAACACCAAGUGAUACUGAACCAAAACUAGAAUUAUUUUCUAAUGUUGAUAAUUAUUGCAAUGAUACUCUAAUUAAUCCUUUGUAUAAUAUUUUUUAUAAGUUAAUAAUGAAAAUUGAUUAUCCAUAUGAGUUGGAUACAAGAUCUGAAACUGAACGACUGAUGGAGACAUUUAAAUACAGAAUAAAUAAUUUUACUAGUUUUAAUAAUAGGUUUUACAAUGAGAAAACUGGACAAUGUGAAAUACCUUUAAUAGAUAUUAUGUAUGGGGAUAUUUGCAUUUCUAAUGAGGAAAUAAGCAAUUUAUUGUGUGAGGCAGGUUAUAAGCUGGAAAAAUGCAUAACUCCACAAACAGGCGAGCCUGAACUUUGUAUUAUAUCCAUACCGCAUGAAAUGGAUGAUAUUGAAAAUACUUCUGAAGAAACCGAAGAAUACCCUAAUAAUUCUUUAAGUGAUGAAACUUCAAAUAUAGACCAUAACAUUGAUCCAGGAAACUUAUCAGAUUGGGACGAAACUCCUCAUGUCAGCGCUACUGCAUCCACAAUCCAGCCAAAACCCAAUCCAGAUCCGCUAUUCGAUUCUGGAUAUUUGAAUUCGCCUUCGCCGGUAGAUGCUGUGGCUCAAGAGGAAACUGACGAUCAAUUUGAAGAAGCUACUUCUAGUUUCAGCGUGGGUGAUAAAAAAAAUGCUGUGCCAAGGCCUUUGCCUAUUAUUAUGACUACUACCAAUUAUAGGAAACACGAUCCGCAUAAAAACGAACUGGACCGUUACCACAACAUGGCGAUCGAACAUAGAACUCAUAAUUUCGAAGAAUACCACGAAGCAGUUCCAGGCCCUUCUUGUAGCCUUCCAAAACCCAAAAAAUUAAAACCCAAAUUUGAAAUGAAACUAUUCAAAGAACCCACCAUUGUUGACGAUGCAAAAAGCCUGGCAAAUAUAAUCGUACAAAAUAGUUUAAAUAUAAUUGACGAAGAUGAUUUGGAAAUUGUGGCACAAUCUCCUUUGGAAAUAAUGGAUUUUUUACAAGAAGAAGAACCUCAAGAGGUAUUGGUACCUGUUGUUGAGGCAAUGGAAAAUGGCGAUUUGGCCAAUAACAACAGAGACAACGAAGGCAACAAUUUGGAACACAACCAAUUAGAAAUGGAGGUAGAUGAAGGCAUUGACUUAUUAAAUGACAAUUUGGAAGAAAUUAUUGCACCUAAUAAUGUGAAUUUACAAGAAAAUAACAAUGAUUUACAAGUUGAGGCACCUGCCGAAGAAUUUUUGCCAGUGGAAAUUGUUGAAAAUGAAGCAGCACCCUUAAACGAUUUAGAAGUAAACACAUUACGAAAAACAACAAUUGUAAUAAGGUUAUUUAUUUUAGAGUAGUAGCGAAUCUUUGGCUGAGGCAAGUAGAGAAGCAUUGUUUGACGAAAAUUCAGAACCAGACCUUUUAGAAGACUUUGACAUUAUGAUGCCUAAUGACGAUCCAGUUUGCGAUCGUAUACGUUUAAUACAGACUUUUGGUUCUGGAAUUACAUUGACAAGGAUAGGACCUUUACCAGAACCACCAGCCGCAAUGGAACAUGAGUUUCCUGAUUGGCUACUGCACCUUUUGGGCAAUCACAUUCCUGAAGAAUCUGAAAACGGAAUUGAAACUAGUCGUUUUACGUCAUACUGUUACUGUCAAGGCGACGGACUAGGUGUCCAUCCGUCAGUGGAUGAAGCGGAUGAUGAAUCUGAAAGUAGCGGUACCAUAUCAAAUAAUUCACAAGAUUUUGCUGAAGUUGAUCCAGGGCCUUCAGAUAUGUUCGAUAUGAGUAGUUUACCAGAAGAUGCUUCUAUAGGAGUUUCUAUAACAGAAGAUAAAAGUUUUAGUCAUGAUACAGAGGCUUUUAUUGAAGACAUAAUUAAAUUAGCCGAAGAAGAAGUUUCUGCAAUAUUAGUUGACACUAAUAAUAAGACUCCCUGUGGUAGUUUACCAGGCUGUUCUGAUUCUGGACAGUACAAUGUACCGCCUACUCCUAAUAAUAGCUUGAGUCAAGAUGACGCCAGUUAUUCUUUACCGACAAUUGGUAGUUUUAGCAGUUGGGUACAUCUGAAACCAAAACUUGAAGACGAGGUGGCUUCUAAUAAAAAAGAUCUUGAUUGAGUUGGAAAUUUGAGUAUUAUUUCUUUUUUGUUUCUAAAUAAAGUUUGAAACAGUUAGUUUGUGUGUGUAUGAAAUAUUAGAAUUAAUUUAUCCGAGAGGUUUUUGAUAAUAAGGUCCAGUUGAUUCACCUUUAGCCAAUGCAAUUUGACGGAUAAAAUUGCAAUUUAUUGGGCGGCCAGUUACCGAUUGACCAAAACGAUUAUAGAUUGGUAGAUUUAUGUUGCGGAUAGCUACCAGCAAGUUAUUCUGAAGAUGAAUAAACCGGGCCUGAAUCUAAUAGUUAAUUAUUUAUACUGGUUAAAUCUCAUCUCGUAUAAAAGAUUUUUUAAAAUUGAAGCAUCCAUUAAAAUUGUAGAGAAAUCGCAAUUCCUUUGGCCUUUCAAUUUUGUUUCUGUGCAAGGGCUGAAAUUUCUUCUGCUACCAUGCGUAAAGUACUUACUUACUUCACACACUCUUCAAAAGAUGUACGCCAAGGGCGUCCAUA